UUUGUGUAUGGUGUAGAUGUUUUGGUGGACACAUUAUGGAGAAUAUGGACAGACUUGCUUGAUGUUCUGGGAAUUGAUGCAUCCAACUUUGCCCAUUACUUUAGCCCAACAAUGGUUGCCAGUAACCCCACCAGGGCCCUAAUGCUGGUGGUGGCUGUUCUUCUGGCUUACUGGUUUGCCUCUCUGUUCCUGGGAUUUUUCUUCUACAUCCUGCACGUGAUAUUUGGACGAUUCUUCUGGCUGGUUCGAGUUUCCCUUUUUGGACUGUCUUGUGUGUAUAUCCUGCAAAAAUAUGAAGGAGAACCAGAACAUGCCAUGUUGCCUCUAUGCGUUGUUGUGGCCAUCUAUUUUAUGACUGGACCUGUUGGCCUUUACUGGAGGAGGAACAGUAACAGCAAUCUGGAAGAAAAAAUUGAUCACUUGGACAACCAAAUAAGGUUAUUGAAUAUCCGUCUUGGAAGGGUCAUAGAAAGUCUGGAUAGAGCCAGCGACCAAUGA